UGACCGCAAACAGGCAAGUUAGAGGUCAGAGGUCAGGUUAAUCAGGUAUCAACAUCAUAGAACGUUAACCCCGCCUCCAGCAUUUAUCCCGCCCCUGAGACAUCGCUGUCAGGGUCACGACCCCUUGGACUGUUUAUUUCCGUAGCACCUGCUCAGGUGUGUUUCUGUGUUUGACGCUCGUUUUCUGCCUCCAGACGUGACUCAGAGGUCACUUUCUUUAACAAAGCUGAGCUGUGAUUGGCUGCUUCACACCCAACCCCGGCCUGAGCUCCUCAGCGGUCUGAGGUUCAGCAGGUGGUGAGGGUGAUUACACACCUGCACACCUGUUAUUACCUGAGUCAAGCUGCGUGACUGACACACACACACACACACACACACACAGGAUAUUGGAUGUUCAUCUUGUUUACUUUACAGCCAGCAGGUAAGUGUGUGUGUGUGUGUGUGUGUGUGUGUGCGCUCAUCAUCGUCACAGCAGGUGUCAAACAGGUGCGCCAUGGCAACACACCCCCAGGAGAACACGCCCCCUGCGGUCCACCCUCCCCCGCUCAGACUGAGCCGAUCAGACUCGUUGGACUGCGAUCAGACUCACACACACCGACUGAUCAACUCCAGCCAACAUCAGUGUGACCUUUAACCUCUGAAGACCACAGACCGCGCUGAUAAUCAAUCGAUGAAGGUGACGGCAUGGUUCUUCUUCCCGAUUGGUCCGGUCAGCUGCAGGUUCAGGUGGACUCUUCUUCUGGUCUUGGCUCUUGUUUUUGAUUGGUGGAAACGUCCUUGAAAGGCGCUCUCUCUGUUUUCAACUGCAGCUCAGGUGUGACUCACAGAGCCUCAGGUAAUCCCAGCAGUCUCUGUGGUGACGGCGGACUCUCAGCUGCUGCGACAGCCUGCUGAAGCUGCUUGUCCUCUGCUCCUCGUUUCAGAAGAAACCAACAGCUGAUCGAUCAGCUGAUCAGAGAGCCUGCAGGUGAUUGGAUCACUUCGGCGCGGUGCACGUUCCUGUCCUGCGAGUCCAUGUGAAGAUGGCGGACAUUUUGAGCACGCUGUACGCCGCUCUCAUGCUGCUGACGAGCGUGGCAUCCACCUGUGGGAACCUCCUCCUCCUACUGGUGCUCCUGCUGAACAAGGAGCUGCGGUCCGACACGCUGGGCCUCACCCUGAGCUUUAGCCUUAGCGACCUCGCUCUCGGACUCUCCGCCAUCCCCUUCAGUGCGUACAACAGCCUCUCCCAGCCUGUCAGACACUCCAGUGAGGCCGACGUCUGUCAGGGCGGCGGCUUCAUCUUCCUCCUACUGCAGACCGCCUCCCUGCACUCGCUUGCCUGGGCUACCAUCUACAAGUUCACGGAGAUCUGCUUUGCACUCAGCUUCCACAGCAUCUGGACGGCGGGGCGGAGCCGGGCGGUGCUGAUCGCAGUCUGGCUGUUCUGCCUGGCCAACGCCACCAUGCCACUGCUGGGUUUCGGCAGCUACGCCUACAGCGAGUCACGGUUCCUUUGCUGCCCGAGCUUCACCCCGGAGAACAGGUACUUCGUGCUGCUGUGGAUGGGGGCGGGCAUCGUAGCGCCGAUCCUCACCAUGUGCUCGCUGUACGGAUACAUCGUGUACGUGGCCAGGAAGCAGGCCAGGAGGGGAACCUUCAUGUGCAACGAGCUGCACUGUUUCUACGUUCCUGCCAACAACUACCUGAGGAGCUCCAUCGUCAUGGUCACCACCUCAGGUGAGCUCAAGCUGUUCCUUGACGUUGCAGGGACACGGGUUACACCUCCACUUCACCGACUCACGUUCUUUGUGAAAACUUCGUCCUCUGAGUUUUACUCCAAGUUUCCCCCACACAGAGGUCCGACGACUAGUUUCCAACCUCUGUAACUAGCCCACAAACAUCUCCACAACUCCUCAAAUCAGCUACAAACUUACAGCUGUGUGAAAGUAAUGCUCAGGCUAGUAAACAAACUUCAGUACACAGAUGUUACUAACUAAUCUCCAACUCCUGUUAAACGCUCAAAAUCUACAGCUAGUCUAAAAAUCUCUGCAGUCUCUUAAACUUCAGUAAGUAGUCUGAAACUUGUCCUCUAGAUUCUUUAAUUGGUGCAACAGUCCCAGUAAUUACCAGUGAUUUCAUAUGGAGUUCCAGUAUUUCUCCACUGGGACUGAACAUCCUGCCUAACGGGAAACAGUGUAUUGGAUUUCUGCUGAUUAAGUCUGAUGCAUGAAAUUAUUUUUUUCCUUCGACAGAAAACAUUUCCCCGUUCGUAAAGCCGAGCAGAUCCAAUGUCCUCAUAAUCUCAAACCAAACAGCAGGACCAUGUGACCACUGGGCCGCAGCCGUUUACCCUCUAAACUAAAACCUCGACGUCACAGCGGCCGUCUUUGAGGAUCAGCGUCCAUGUUUAUCUUUGUGACUCACUGCCAUUACUCUCAUUAUAGGGACAAACACUGAGGUCAUAAACACAGACAGGGUCAAAGGUCACCACAGCCGGCUGCAGACGGUCUGAGUGACCGAUAAACCAGGUUCAUGUUUUCGCCAUAAGGUCAAUGAGAGCGCUACGAGUGAAUGGCUACUGGCUCUAACACAGCACUCAUCCACUCUACACGCCACGUCCACCUGUUCAUGCAGAGAGAGUGUCUCCAGCCUGGAGCGGCCAGGGAUUGAACCGCCCACCUUCAGAUUGGUAGACAGAUCUGCAACUUCAAGGCCGUUCUCUAGUCCCUACGCCUCUUUAACUAGUCCACAGAUAACUAGUCUCCAAACACCAGCUCACUCAUAGAGGGGCUGCUGAUGAAGUCAUGUGACUCUGUUUCCUGUCUCCUGGCAGUGUGUUUGCUGGUCUGCUGGCUGCCCUACAUCACUGUGUGUCUGUACGAGACGCUGAGCGGUCAGCAGAGUCCGUCCGUGACCGCCGCCCUCUCCUCCUGGCUGGUUCUGACCAGCGCCGCGCUCAACCCGUGGAUCACCUGCAUGACGCAGACCAGGUACAGGGCGGCGGUGUGCCGAAGUUUCCGCAGGUUCGUUCCUUGUGCCGGGAUGUUCCUGGAGUCCCACUCCCAGAGCUCCACCCUCCAUCUACCUGCGACCAAUCGCCCUAGCACAACAACAACAACAAGUAUGACCGCAACACAGCCUCCAUCUUCUCCCAAAACACUAACAAGACCAUGACCCUCCCAUCACCAUCACUGGACCUGUGCACUCUGGGAAAUGUAGGCCAUACUUCUCAUCUUCUUCUUCAGCGUGGACGAGUUCUGACGUGACGUUGUGUUCGAAGACCGCACACUGAUGUUCAGCUGAUGAUCUCCCGCAGUCUCACAACACGAAACAUUUCCUGAUCCACUCAGAGUCACAAACAGUCCGAGCUCUUUCAGCUCCAUUUCAGCAGAGGUGUGUUUAUGCUGACGUGACCACAUCAGCACAGAGUAGACGGAGGAUGAAGGCCAAACUGUUCCAUGGGCUCAGUUACACUGAGCGUUUAAACUCUGAGCUGGACGCCGUGCUGCACGUGAACAGAGCUGAGAAACAGCUGGAGACUCUGGGAGUGACGAGCGGCUUGUGCAGCCCAGCAGGAUCGAGGAUGAUGGACAAACUCGGCGGAGCCUGGAAGUCAGCAUCUCCGCCCUGAUGUGUGCACUUCAAAUUCAAACUCAUUUCCUGCUUAUUAUGACUGAGCAUCCUCUUAGAAAGACUGUCAGUUUGGCUGCUUUAGUUUUUUGCCGUUUUCAUUUUGAAAGCUGUCCCGCUAAACAGCAAAA